AUGGCGACCACUAAACCCCCCUACGACCCGGUCAAGACGGUCGAAGGCAUGUUCAUGGGCUCAGUGACCCGCAUUGCCUACGCCAUGAAAGAUCCCUUGAACUACGCGCAAUCGACAAAAGCAGUCCUCGCUGAAACGGCCAAGAAGUUCCAGGACGCCCUCGAUGACUGUGAGGUGCAGAUCCUUGAUGCGAAAUGGUACCUCGAGCGUCAGUUGGCCUUGAACAAAGCCCGGCGUGAAGCCAAAGCAAGAGAAGACGGAGCCGCAAGCGCGAAAAGAAAACGCGAAGAAUCCAAAGAAGCAAACGAGACGGCGCAAACCGCAGACAGCGAAAAUGCUCCUAAGCGCGUCAAGACACAAGAGCCUGAGAGUCCGGUGCAAGCACAGCCAAAGGCCCAACAGCCUUCUCCUGCGCAAAAGCCAGCUCCUCCGCCGACUGUCGCCCCCACUGCCAGCGCGGUACAAUCCCUUCCAGGGUCAACAGAGAAGAACCCGACACCGAAACCGCCAGAUAAGCCCAGAGUUUCCGUUACUACGGAUAUGAAGGCAGCCCAACCAACAGUCGGACCGGCUUCCAGGCCUCAGGAGAAACCUCCCGACACAGCGCAGCAACCCGAGAGUACAAUGACACAGACAACCACGGAGGACUUUCCCAAGCCGACUCCGCAGGACACGCCAGCCGAGGCCAACGAGGCUUUCAACUUUGAAUCAAUGUUUGGCGAGCCAUCUGCCGACAUGAUGGAGGGGAACAACAACGACAUAAGCUUCGACCUUGACAACCUCGGCGACGGAUUUGGUGCCGAUCCUUCGCAUCUCAAUAUGCAAGAAGAUGCCUCUCUGAGCUCGUUGCUCCCGGGCCUCGAGUCCUACGUGAACCAGACGGGCGACGAUGCGAAUUUCGGCAUGUCUGUGCCUACAGUAAAUGGACUACCUCCUCCCACCGAUGCAACGGCCAGAGGUGUCGGAGGAGGGAUGAGUGUCGACAACAACGCGAACAAUGCCCAGCUUCAACACCAGCAGCCAGUCAAUGUCAGCGUUAAUGAUUUUGGUCUGCCAGCCUUGGGUCCUAAUGAGUUCGACGAUUUCCUGAAUGCCAACGCCAUGAACUUCGACGAGAGUGUUGGCCUGGGCAAUGACAAUAUGACCAAUUUGGAUAACAUGGAGAACAUGGAUUUUGACUUUGAAAGUAUGUUCAAAUGA